GUAAUUUACAUAACAUGAUUUUUAUAUUUUCAGGAAGAUGGAUUCUUUUCUUGAUGAUGAUGAAUUUGAUCAAUGCAUGAUUGAACACAUCAUAGAUAAAGAUCAAGUUAAUCAAUAUAUGCUUGAACUCCAGGGAUUGAUUGGCAAAUGCCCAGAACGUGGAGAACCUGCAUGGCCCACUGAUGAAAGGAAGAUGGAUUCUUUUCUUGAUGAUGAUGAAUUUGAUCAAUGGAUGAUUGAACACAUCAUAGAUAAAGAUCAAGUUGGUCAAUAUAUGCUUGAACUCCAGGGAUUGAUUGGCAAUCGCCUGGAAUGUGGAGAACCUGAAUGCAACAAGUCGCCUUCUUCUUGCAGUGCUUCUUCAGUGGAGAAAGAAGCAAAACGAUGGAAUAGACACACGCCUUCAAUAAACCUGUCUUCUCUGAUAGACAAUAACGUGGUGUUGUUGGGGGAGAAAGCACGUUACUGGAAUAAAAAGGACAACCGUGUUAUGGCAGAAGGGUGGGUCAUGCGUGAAGGAAUCAGAUGCUCGUGUUGCAAAAAUGUGUAUUGUCUUUCCAAGUUUGAGAUCCAUGCAGGCAGCCAUAGUCAUCGGCCUACUGCCAAUAUCUUCUUGGAAGAUGGAAGGUCGCUGAUGCAGUGUCAAGCACAAAUAAAAAAUGGUGAUGAAGUUAAAGGCUAUGAACAAAAUCCACACCCCAUAAUUCAGAAAAUGGAGAGUGAUUUGAGUGUUGAAGAGUCGCAAUUGCAGAAGAAAUGA